AAUGCCAAGAAGCAGAAAAGGUUCUUGAUUAUUCUCUUUAUUAUUAGAAGAGAUAUUAGAUAGUAAAGUAAAGUAAAAAUAAUAGUAUUGCUAAACCUAAGGAGCAAAGGAAAAACCCUAGAAGCUCAGUUUCUCCUCAAUAUCAAAGUCGGAUCAAAUCGCCUCCAACAAUGUCUGCUAUGAUGCAACCUCAGAUCAUAUUGCUUAAGGAAGGGACAGACACGUCCCAAGGGAAGGCACAGUUGGUGAGCAAUAUUAAUGCGUGUAUGGCUGUGGCUGAUGUGGUGCGUACCACCCUUGGACCUAGGGGUAUGGACAAGUUGAUCCAUGACGAUAAAGGAAACACGACUAUUUCGAAUGAUGGUGCCACUAUAAUGAAGCUUCUAGACAUAAUUCAUCCUGCAGCAAAAAUUCUUGUUGACAUCGCCAAGUCACAAGACUCUGAGGUUGGUGAUGGAACCACUACAGUUGUUCUGCUUGCAGGAGAAUUUUUAAAGGAAGCCAAGCCUUUUGUUGAAGAGGGUGUCCACCCUCAAAAUCUUAUUCGUAGUUAUCGAACCGCUUCUAAUAUGGCAAUCGAGAAGGUAAAACAAUUGGCUGUUAGCAUAGAGGGAAAAAGUUUGGAAGAAAAGAAAAGUCUGCUUGCAAAAUGUGCUGCUACAACUCUCUCAUCAAAGCUCAUUGGAGGUGAAAAGGAUUUCUUUGCAUCCAUGGUUGUGGAUGCCGUUCUUGCAAUCGGAUUUGAUGAUAGGCUGAACAUGAUUGGAAUUAAGAAGGUCCCUGGAGGUACUAUGCGAGAUUCCUUCCUUGUAGAUGGUGUUGCCUUCAAGAAGACAUUUUCCUAUGCUGGUUUUGAACAGCAGCCAAAGAAGUUUGUAAACCCCAAGAUACUUUUACUGAACAUAGAGUUGGAACUAAAAUCGGAAAAAGAAAAUGCAGAGAUAAGGCUCUCAGAUCCAGCGCAAUAUCAGUCAAUUGUUGAUGCAGAGUGGAAUAUCAUUUAUGACAAGUUGGAUAAAUGUGUAAAGAGUGGUGCCAAAGUUGUUUUGUCUCGACUCGCUAUUGGUGAUCUGGCCACACAGUAUUUUGCAGACCGAGAUAUAUUUUGUGCUGGUCGUGUCUCUGAAGAGGAUCUGCAGCGGGUAGCAGCUGCCGCUGGGGGAACAGUGCAGACAACUGUGAACAAUGUUAUUGAUGAGGUUCUCGGCUCUUGUGAGAUUUUUGAGGAGAAUCAAGUUGGAAAUGAGAGAUUCAAUAUAUUUAGUGGAUGUCCCUCGGGCAAGACUGCCACUAUUGUCCUUCGUGGUGGAGCAGAUCAGUUCAUCGAGGAAGCUGAGAGAAGCUUGCAUGAUGCCAUUAUGAUUGUUAGAAGGGCUGUGAAAAACUCUACUGUUGUUCCUGGAGGUGGUGCUAUAGAUAUGGAAAUAAGCCGUUUCUUGAGGCACCAUGCUCGAACAAUUCAAGGGAAAUCUCAGCUCUUUAUAAACUCGUAUGCAAAAGCUCUUGAGAUUAUUCCCCGUCAGCUAUGUGACAAUGCUGGUUUUGAUGCAACUGAUGUGCUGAACAAGCUCAGACAAAAACACGCUCUUCCAUCUGGUGAGGGUGCACCUUAUGGCGUUGACAUUAAUACUGGUGGCAUUGCCGAUUCAUUUGCCAACUUUGUUUGGGAGCCAGCAGUCGUGAAGAUCAAUGCCAUCAAUGCAGCCACUGAAGCAGCAUGCCUCAUUCUGAGUGUGGAUGAGACAGUGAAGAAUCCUAAGUCUCAGAGUGCUCAAGGAGAUGCUGCUGCAAGCGCCAUGGGUGGUGGUAGAGGGCGUGGACGUGGGCGUGGAAUGAGGCGGUGAUAGAUUUCACAAGUUCUUUGCAGAUUUUGCUAUGAUUUUUCAUUUAGUGUUUGCAUUUUUUUUUUUGCAUUGUUCGCUCCUCCCUUUUGUAGUUCUAGUUGUCUCCCUUCGACCAAAUUUGGGCAUCGAUCCUCAUAUAGCAACCGAAAACGAUCAAAACAGAGUUGUGUUAAAUUCAGGCAAUAUCCAGUGAACUAAAUCAUAUUUGCUGCUGUCAGUUUUGCAAUGUACGAAGCCUACCAUUGGAUAUAUUAUAUUCUCUGUUGAUUAAACUCUA